AUCACAUUAAAUUCCACAAAAAAAAAAAACUAAAUAAAUACACACACAUGAAAGGUCCCACUUCUCCCAUUUCCUUCCCAUCUUCCUCUACUCUCUUCUUUAAAUAUUUAUAAAUAUAUACAUAUAUAACACUCUCUCUCUCUCUCUGGAGCAAAUGCUUAGUUAGGAUCUCAUUAAUGCCAAACACCAACCCAAGAACCAAAAACCCAAACAUUCAAUCAAAUUCCCCCAAAACCCUAAUCCAAAAUAAUAUAUUAUUCUUGGAUUUUUCUUCCAAACAAAAAAAAAAUGGGCAAGAGAAUGAAGCUCCCAACUUUUCUCUUCAAGUCCAGCAAUAGUAAUAGUAGUAGUAAUACCAAUAAGAAGGGAAUUGAAAAUCAUCAAAGCAACAAACAUAACGGUAACACGUGGCGCCAAUGGCCGUCAUGUAACCACCCAAAAACCAUUUCCUUUCGCCUUUCCGACGACAUGUACCGCACGGUUAACUCCGUUUUCUUUGACUCAAACGACGUCGUUUCCACCCCCACUGCAGUUGUCGAAACCCCCGAGUCAUGGUUCACCAACUCGUCCGAGUCAGCCAGCUUCUCUACCGAGUCGGAGGAAUACUACGCCGGCGAAUCACUAGAGACCGUCGUCCGGGCAGCCCGUUCCGAGCGCCUUUUCUUUGAGCCCGGAACCUCCGAUACCAGCUCGAUUCUCGAGAAGACAAGCUCCGAUGGUGGCUCCGGUGCCGUUGUUUGCGGCGGUUCUGGUUCCGGCGAGGCGCUGCCGUACAAGGAGAGCGUGGUUCUGGCUAUGGAGUCUGAGGAUCCUUACGGAGAUUUUCGGCGGUCGAUGGAGGAGAUGGUUGAGAUUCAUGGAGUUAAGGAUUGGGAGUGUUUGGAAGAGCUUUUGGGAUGGUAUUUGAGGGUCAAUGGAAAAAAUAAUCACGGGUUUAUCGUUGGAGCUUUUGUCGAUUUGCUCGUUGAUAUCUCCGGCGCCGGAGGGGAUGGCGGCAACGGCGGUUCUGGUGUUUGUAUUAAGGAAUCUGAUACUUCUACAACGACGACGACGACUGCAGCGGCGACAUCUUUCUCUUCGGCGGUUUCUUGUUUUUCAGUCAAUUCGAAUUCGAAUUCUUCUACUUCGAUAAUGUGUUGUUCUGAUCAUAUUAGAGGUGAGAUUGUUAAUGAGAUUGAUGAGGAAGAAAUUAAUUUAUCACUCUAAAAAAAUGACAUUACUUCGCUAAUUAACUAGAUCAUUAAUUAAUUAAUUAUUAUUACUAUUAUUGUUUUUUUUUUUUUGUAAAUUAGUAGGACUAAUUAUUUGUAUAAUAACCACAAUUAAUAUUCAUGUAACAUUGUAACUGAAACUAAUUGACCUUAUAAUAUGAUAUUAUGUACUCUUUUCU